GCAGAAUGUCAUCAGAUGAGAAAUAUUCAGGUCCAGUGGUGCAAAAUGAAUCCAAUCAAGGCAGUUCUGUCUCUUCAGAUCUUCAGGUGGAGUGCGAAGAACUACCUCGCUGUGCGAUAGUGACUGACCCCGGUGCUUCCCUGUCGUCUCAUCCCAAGGGAGAAGUGGGGCCAGAGGCUAGAGGUCCUGCUGCAGGCGAUGCUGUUCUUCAGAAUCCAGGGUCAUCACCGGUGCUGUCACCAAGGAGGUCUUCUCACCCAGUCAUGGACUUUUUCAGUUCAUACUUUUUUGCUGACUCUUUCUCACCAGCAACUAAUUCUAGUCAUACAGAGGCCCAUAAAAUUAUUGUGAGCGAUUUUCUUGUUUCUGAUGAAAACCUUCACAAGAUGGAAAAUGUACUUGAUCUUUGGAGUUUGGAUCUUAAGACAAACAUCAUAUCUGAACUAAGUAAAUGGAGACUUAAUUUUAUUGACUGGCACCGAAUGGAAAUGAAAAAAGAGAAUGAAAAACAUGCAGCAUAUGUAAAACAACUGAACACCCAGAUUAAUGACUUGAAAGAGCUACAGAAAACCUUUGGAAUCUCCAUUGGGAGAAAAGAUGAGGUGAUUUCCAGCUUGUCCCAUGCCAUAGGCAAGCAAAAGGAAAAGAAAGAAUUGAUGAGAAACUUCUUCCACUGGCAGACUGGCCAUGUCAAAUCCAGGCAGGACCUACUGGUAACAUGUUUUUUAUCAAUGUGGAUGACUUGCUUAGAUUUUGGAGACUUUAUAAAGGUAUGAGGAGAGCCGGCUUGGCCACAGUCCAUGGAGCAAGUGUUAAUGCAAAGGACUAAAUUUACAUUUGAAGAAGUGCAAGUGAUAAGCUGUUUCAAAAUUACAAUGUGCCUGAAAAGGACGAAAUUGAGGAUUCAGUGACCACAGCAAGCAAGCAUGCAGCUUACCCGUUGAAAGGGUCUCCUGGAGUAUAGUGAUGUGAUGACAGUCUACUGCAGCCUUGGACUCCUGGAAUUAGAGGUGUGAGUCAUUGCUCCUGGCCUAAAAGUGGUCGUUAGAGGUAGUUUGGAUCCUUAGCUUUGAGCCUACUGAAGAUUAUUGCCUAUAUUGGUCAUGAACUCCAGGCCUCAAACUGUCCUCCCAUCACAGUCUUCUAAAAGUCCUGGAAUUUACAGGCAUAAGGCACAAAACCCAGUCUCAUUCAGCUUUAAUUAGUUUGUACAAGCCAAAAAUAAAAAAGAAAUAAAAUGUUUAUCACUUUAUAU